GAGAGGCGGGUCUGCGGCAGCAGUUUCUGAGCUCACGCUGGUGGCGGGAGCCGGGAGCUUUCUCGCGUAGGUGGCAGCGCCUUUUUCACGUGGUGUUCUGCCUGAGACCGAGGCAGGUGCGCCACGGGCUCCCCAGCCGAGGCCUGGCUGUGGCUGGGGAGACAGUGAAAGACCCGGCUGGACAGGCCGGACCGGGCUCAGCACCGCAGGCUCAGACCCGGCCUUUAAGCGGACAAGCCUGAGAGAAGAGCCCAGAGCGGGGCUGGCGCUCAGAAAACUGCUGGGAAGCGGUGGCGCGAGGUGGGACCCAAAUGCUGGAGGAAGGAGCCCUCUUGAAGCAUCAGGGAUGUUCGGAAUGGGAGCCCGUUGGCUUCACCUCAUAUUGAGGAUGGGUUCAACCCAGUUGGAUUGUGAAAUCGUGGAGGAUACUGGAGAUUUAGAAUCAGAAGGCUAGGAUUCCUGUUUAAGCUCUGGGGUACCAGCCAGCUUUCUUAGCCUGUGUUUCUUCAUGGAGGAAAAGAGCCACCUUCUCCAGAUCCUGCCCUUCCCCAAGAGGAAGGCACAGAAGAGGAAGGAAUGGCAGGUGGUCUCCUCACAGCUGGGCCCCAAGGAUCCACACCUUUCAACAGUGUGACUGUAGCUUUUACCCAGAAGGGAUGGAGGCAGUUGGCCCCUACUCCAAGGGACAGGUUCAAGAAAGGGAUGCCAGAAAAGUCCAGAAACCUGGUCCUACUGGGACUUCCAGUCUCCCAGCCUGGUAUGAACUCCCAGUUUGAACAAAGGGAAGGUUCAUGGAUGCUAGAGAGAGAAGGCCUAAGGAGUACCUGUCCAGAUUGGAAGAUUGUAUCUGAAUCACCACCUGAACAAGACAUUUCUGAAGAAUCAUUCCAAGACCCAAGUGUAGAGAUGCCCUCUGGGGAGUCAGAUCACAGGAACAGUGAACUGGGGAAGAGCUUCAAUCUGAGACCAGUUCUUUCUCCACAGCAGAGAGUUCCUACAGAAGUGAGACCCCAUAAAUGUGAAACACACACAGAGAGCUUCAGGAAGAAUUCAGAUAUAAUUAAACCUCACAGAGCAAAGCCAUACAUAUGUAAUGAAUGUGGCAAAGCCUUCAGUUACUGUUCUUCCCUUUCUCAGCACCAGAAGAGCCACACUGGGGAGAAGCCAUAUGAGUGCAAUGAAUGCAGGAAGGCCUUCAGCCAGAGCUCAUCUCUUACUCAGCACCAGAGGAUUCACACCGGAGAGAAACCUUAUAAAUGCAGUGAAUGUGGAAGAGCCUUCAGCCAGAAUGCAAACCUUACAAAACACCAGCGAACUCAUACCGGAGAAAAGCCUUACAAAUGUAGUGAGUGUGAGAAAGCCUUCAGUGACUGUUCAGCCCUUGUUCAGCAUCAGAGAAUUCAUACUGGAGAGAAGCCUUAUGAAUGCAGUGACUGUGGGAAGGCCUUCCGCCACAGUGCAAAUCUUACAAACCACCAGCGGACUCAUACAGGGGAGAAGCCCUACAAGUGCAGCGAAUGUGGAAAAGCCUUCAGCUACUGUGCGGCAUUUAUUCAGCACCAGAGAAUCCAUACAGGGGAGAAACCCUACAAAUGUAAUGCAUGUGGGAAGGCCUUCAGCCAGAGUGCAAACCUCACAAACCACCAGAGGACUCACACUGGAGAGAAACCCUACAAGUGCAGUGAGUGCGGGAAGGCCUUCAGCCAAAGCACAAACCUUAUAAUCCACCAAAAGACCCACACUGGGGAGAAGCCUUAUAAAUGUAAUGAAUGUGGGAAAUUCUUCAGUGAGAGCUCAGCCCUUAUUCGACAUCAUAUAAUUCACACAGGAGAAAAACCCUAUGAGUGCAAUGAGUGUGGAAAGGCAUUUAACCAGAGCUCAUCCCUUAGUCAGCAUCAGAAAAUUCACACUGGUGUGAAACCUUAUGAAUGUAGUGAGUGUGGGAAGGCCUUCAGGUGUAGUUCAGCUUUCAUUAGACAUCAGAGACUCCAUGCUGGAGAGUAACUGGGAACAUAACCAAAGUGGAUGGGGACCUGACAGGUAAUUUGAAAGCAUCUGGGGACAUCUGACUUUAAGUCUAGCUCAGAGCCACAUGCAAAAGCACCUUUAAUAAAUAGUCACUAUUUUACAUGUUGUUUCUGGAAGGUCUCAGGUGCUCUCUUCUUUCUCAACAUCUUCUUAGACAACCCAACCCCAAUUACACUGUUUUAAAGAUUUACUUUUAAUUCAGUGGUAAAAAGCACUCCAGAAACGAUUUAUAAAGAAUGAGUGAAAGACUUCGUUCCUACUUAUAAGGCCAGGUAUUUUGGCAGUGGUGUGGUCGUAGUAGUCUCUGCUUGAAUGAGGGCUGUUGCAACAGGAGAAUCAAGAACAUUAGCCGGGAACGAGUAUUCCCCAUAGUGGGGCCACUGAGGUUUAAGAUUUGGGGGAGUGAAUUCAAGUGAGGAAGGGGAUUCUAGAGCCAGCUGUUACUAGAACGGGGCUGGGGGAGGGAUGCUGAAUCUAGACACAGCUGCACACAACCUGCACUUUCUGAGCUGCUCAAGUGCUCUAUUCUAGUUACUGCUGUCAAGAAAAGACCGAGGAAGGACAGUGAGGUUGAGGGUGCAGGAAGAAGCUAAUGAAAUCCCUCAGCAAGGCACAUACCUUUAAACGGAGUUCCUAAGGGAGGGAAGGCUAACAAACCUGGGGCAAUGUGACGGCAGCCGUGCUUUCCCUGGCUCAGAGGAAGGCGAGUCAUUUUUACUUUCCCCUCUUCCUGACAGCUGAGUAUCUUUUAAAUUAAGCUCUUUAGCCUGUUGGCCUGCUUUCUCCCUUGCACCCAACUGGUGUAGAUCUCAUCUCAGCACUUAUAAACUGCUGUGAGCUUACUUGGUUUUUGGUUAGGUAAGCCUGAUUUGAGACUCCCCAUUACUGGUCUACUGUAAGGUAAGCUGGUUAUACCCUCAGCCAUCACCCAAGGCCUCUAGCUUUGAUUCCUUGAUGACUUGCCACGUGCCCUGGAAUGUUCCUCAUUCCAGCAAUCUCAGGCAGUCCUUUCCACUAAAGCAGUUUUCCACCCCUGCUUGCACCUGUGAUUAAAAACCACCUAAACCACCAUGACCAAAUGGGACAGCCAAGUGGCUAAAUGGCAGGGAAGCGAAGUUCUUGGUGCCGUCAUUCCCAACUCCCUUUCGGCUAGUGCCCAGAAGCCCCUUCCAGGUGGUACUUCAGGCUGCUCGGGUAGCUUUGUCUCAGUGUCCAGGUGUUUGAGGUUCAUUCAUUGCGUAUCAAAUAAGGUGAAAGUGAGUGAUGAGCUCUAGAAACUCAAAAGGAACAGAACUAAGAAAAAGACAAGGGAGAGGCUUAGGAAAGGUGAAAGCAUUCAUUAGAAAAUAGUCUGUGACUGGUUUAAAGCAAACCAGGGUAGGUCUAGGAACUGCUAAUUAACUACAGAAGAGGACUCAUAUAAAGGUCAGGUUCUUUGGUUGUCCCAUCAGUGGUUCUGAACCACAGCUGUACACUGGAAUGGAGAGCAAAGCCUUGAAUCAUGGGCCCUGGGCCCAGAACCCACCAAAUGAUUAAACUGGUUUGGGAUGAA